UCUGCCUUGGCUCUGUCUCCUGCACCUCUUCAAAGACAAAGGAGGCCCUCCAUCAGCACUCAGUCUCUCCACGAGUCCAGCACGAGAAGCUCCACCAUGCCGGACACAAUCAUGUCCAAGGAGCCCAGUUCCAACCUGGAGAGUGCCAUGCAGAUGCUCAUAAAGACCUUCCACAAAUACUCGGGGAAGGAGGGCGACAAGUACACGCUGAGCAGGGGUGAGCUGAAGGAGCUGCUACUAGAGGAGCUGGGCAGUUAUUUAGGGAGCUCCAAAGAUAAUGAAGCAGUUGAGAAGGUGAUGAACGACUUGGACGCCAACAAUGACGGGGAGGUGGACUUCACCGAGUUCAUCAUCCUGAUGGGCGCCCUCACGGUCGCCUGCAACGACUUCUUCCUGGAGUACAAAACAGAUGACAAACCAAAAGACGGAAGCAAAGGCGAGUCGGCGGAGAAGAAAGAUUGAAUCAGUGCAAGAAUGGGGGCCGGGGGGGUGGGGGGAGAGAGUGGGAGCUGAGAGGUGGAAAGAGGGAGAAGAAAAGGAGGAGGGGGAGGAAGAGGGGGAAGAACUGUAAAUCAUGAGAGAUAGAGGAGCGAGUUGCUACGGAAUUUUGUCUUAUGCAAUUUGUAAACACCCCGGCUACACAUAAGGGAAGGGUCCAGCAGAGAGUUUGUGGGUUCACAGAGCAUGGGGCAUUCAGCAGGAGUAGUGUUUUCCCUCUGCAACUGUUUUUCAUACCACAGCAUAUCCGGAGCUUGCUGCACUGUUCUCAGAGCAGUGAGUGACUUUACAUACAGAACAGGGUAAACUCCAACUCCUUACAACUCAAGUUCAGCCGUUUUGACAGUAUCCUGUGAGAAUAAGGCGCUGGUUUUUUGCAGAAGGCAGACCAGGAUGUUUAAGCAUUUGUUGCACAUAAAUGACUUGUGAACAUAUAUUAAGUUACAGAUUAUCAUAUUAUUGUAUGUACUCAGUGUUGAACAAUAGGAUGUGAUUUAUCCCCUUUCUUGCGCAUAUUUUGUAAUCUUUUUUUUUUUUUUGGUAAUAACCAAUGCAUUCUUCAAAAUAUUAAACAUGGCAUUUAACCAAC